UCCGGUUUUUAAGCUUGGGGGUGUUUCUACGCCUCAACACCUCAACUUGGCACAACUCCUUAACAAAACGGUCAUUUACUACGACUUUUAACCACAUUUAUCAUGUCCGACAUCGACUCUGACGAGUUUGACGAGGAACGCAAUAAACUCGGGGAAUAUGAAGGCGACCGAAACGAAGCGGGAGAGAGACAUGGGACGGGAAAAGCUACCCUGCCCAAAGGAGACGUGUAUCAAGGACGAUAUGAACAUGGCAAAAGACAUGGCAAGGGAACAUAUCGCUUCGUCAAUGGGGCAAGAUAUGUAGGAGACUAUCAUCAAAACAUGAAACAUGGACAAGGCGUCUUCUACUACCCUGAUGGAUCCAAAUACGAAGGCGCUUGGUCGGAAGACCUGAGACGGGGCUAUGGUGUUUACAGUUAUUCCAACGGGGACACGUACGAGGGAGAGUGGCUGAAUCACAUGAGACACGGUCAGGGCACUUACCGUUACCAUGACACUGGCUCGGUGUACACUGGAAAAUGGGAGAAUGGCAAGAUUCAGUCCACUGGAGAGUUCAUCCACGCCAACCACAGAUACAGCAGUAACUUUGUCGACAACAUCCCAUCUGGCCCAGGGAAGUACGUGUUUGACAUUGGCUGUGAGCAGCAUGGUGAAUACCACCAGAUAGAGCAGGACAGGGCUGAAGGCGACUGGAAUGAGCAAGGCUCCACUACUGUUCUCAAAUGGUUUCCUAAAUGUAUCACAGGCCUGACUCAACAGGAGACAGACGCUCCACCCGAGGCUCCACCUGAGGCUCCACCCGAGGCUCCACCUGAGGCUCAACCUGGGGCUCAACCCGGGGCUCAACCCGGGGCUCCGGCCGAGGCUUCACCUGAAGCUUAGCUGUCCCAACUGGAUCCCACAAGCAGCCUUGGACCAACCUUGCCAUAGCUUUCAUGUACCAAACAUUCACGAGGUCAAGAGAAGAAAAAGGCCCCUUACAGUUUUGGAUAAGUCGUACCUAAAAUGUCACAUUUACAUCGAAACAAUACAAAAAAUUGCUAUGAAUGAACACAUUCAUGCUUUCUCUUUUUUAGCAUUCUUUUUUUUCAGGACUGAGCUGAGAUGGUGCCACCUUUGUCCCAUCCCAAACAGCUGAGGAAUCAUAAUUUAAGUUUUUAUAGCUUCAGCACCCUCCCGCGGUUAAAGACCAUGUCUAAAUCGGUUUUGUGUUUGUUUUUGUCACCUGUAUUGCCACACUGAUUGCAAAAUAUUACAUAAAAUAAAAUAUAUAAAUGUAUGAAUUAAACAAAAAAUAAACUGAAAUAAUGUCAUAAUAAUUACAUUUGGUUCAAAAGAUCGAAUGUUGGACGUUAGUAAAUGGUAACAGUCAUUGUACUGUCAUGAAAAAGCAUUCAUCUCCAAAAAUGUUUGAUUUUUCUUCUCUAAAAAAUGAACCAAAUUGUUCCUUUUUGAUGUAACAUGUAAUUUCAUGUAUUUUGGGGGUGUUACCCCCCCACCAAGCUUACUAUUAAUCCAUUUGCUAAACCAGGGGUGGGGAACCUUUUUUUUUAAUAAGGGGUUUUAGUUUUUAUCAGUUCCUCUCAGCAAAAC